UCGGUUGAUCGAGUUGGUCGGUGGCUGCAUUAAAAUUGAUGGCGUGGAUAUAUCGAAAAUGGGACUACAGGAGCUGAGGUCGCGCCUAGCAAUCAUUCCUCAGGACCCAUUCCUAUUCAGUGGGUCUGUGAGGGAAAAUCUCGAUCCGGCCGAGAUCUAUCAGGACGAGGCUCUUUGGGAGGCAUUGGAGAAAUGUCACAUGAAGUUACCCGUGGAACGCCUGGGUGGUUUGGACGCUGAUGUGGCGGAGAAAGGCAAACACUUCUCUGUCGGACAGCGGCAGUUGCUUUGUCUGGCCAGGGCAUUGUUGGCAGAGGCCAAGAUUCUGUGUAUGGAUGAAGCUACAGCCAGUGUUGACCAGGAGACGGACCAGCUCAUCCAGCGGACGAUCAAGGCAGCCUUCUCCGACAAGACCGUACUGACCAUAGCUCAUAGGAUAAACACAGUAUUGGAGAGCAAUCGUGUUCUAGUCAUGGAUAGCGGGAGAGUGGCCGAGUUCGCCGCCCCAGAGAUACUGCUUCAGAAUCCUGAAUCUAUAUUCUCUGGUUUAGUGAGAAACAGUGGAUUAUAAUCAAGCAAACAUGUCAAAUGAAAUGUUUGUCAAAACAGUGCCAUGAAGGGAGGGUACCAUUUCGCGAGUGGUCGCGGUUCUAAAGUUUAUAUUGUGGAUUAAACUGACGUUCAUGCGCGGAAGGGGACGUCUGGUGCACUGGCAUUGACUGGUACAGCUUGCUAGUCAUAUGACUACCACGUGACCUUGGACAUUGAAUGCUUGGUUGUAAUGGCGUACAUUGUAAUGUCUUUUAGAAUCUCUCGUUUUCUGUGUCAAGUAAUUUU